AACAACAUAUCCCCUCUCCAAGCUAAGUGUAACUAAGAUGGACAACUUGGUCCAUUCAUUCAAAUUUAUCCUAAUAAGCUUACUAUUUCUUUUUGGUCAUACCAUGUUGCAUGUCAUGGCACAGUGGCCAAAGGGAGGAUCAACAAGAUUCUAUGACUUUAAGGUUCAAAUGCUGAAGGUCAAUAAGCUUUGUAACACCACAAAUAUCGUAACCAUCAACCAGAUGUAUCCUGGACCCGUUGUUUAUGCGCAAGAAGAUGACCGAAUUAUUGUCAAGCUCACGAAUGAGACACCCUACAAUGCCACAAUUCACUGGCAUGGUGUUAGACAGAUUCUAUCAUGCUGGUCAGAUGGUCCUUCUUACAUUACUCAGUGCCCCGUUCAAUCUGGUCAAACUUUCACGUACGAGUUUACCUUAGUGAAGCAAAGGGGGACCCUUUUCUGGCAUGCUCAUUUUUCUUGGCUUAGAGCAACCGUUUAUGGUGCCCUUAUCAUCUACCCCAAAACAGGGGUUCCCUACCCCUUUAAAUACCCUUAUGAAGAGCAUACUAUAAUCUUAGGGGAGUAUUGGCAGAGAGAUCUUGUACAGCUUGAGAAAAGUGUCACAGCUAGUGGAGGUGGUGCUCCUGUGGCAGAUGCUUAUACCAUUAAUGGUCAUCCUGGCCCCAACUACAACUGCUCUUCAAAUGAUGUGUACAAGAUUAAUGUUGUACCAGGAAAAACCUACAUGUUAAGGCUAAUAGGCGCUCUCCUAAACAUGGAAAGCUUCUUUUCAAUUGCUAACCACAAUCUAACAAUAGUAGAAGCCGAUGGAGAGUACACAAAACCAUUCACUACUGACAGGGUCAUGCUCGGACCAGGUCACACCCUCAACGUCCUGGUCACAGCCGAUCAAAAGAUAGGGAGAUACUCCAUGGCCAUGGGGCCAUACAUGUCGGCCCAAAAUGUUCCAUUUCAAAAUAUAACAGCAAUUGCAUACUUCCAGUAUUUAGGUGCAUCACCAAAUAGUGUGGCUUUACCAGCUACUUUACUACCUAGGUUUAACGAUAAUCUAGCAGUUAAAACUGUGAUGGAUGGGUUAAAAAGCCUUGAAAUCGGAAAUGUACCAAAAGAGAUAGAUACAAAUCUUUUCUUUACAAUUGGGCUGAAUGUCAAUAAGUGUCAGUCAAAGAAACCAAAGCAGAACUGUCAAGGUCUUAAUGGUGGUGUGAUGGCAGCUUCCAUGAAUAACCAUAGCUUUAUUAGACCUAAUAUUUCAAUCCUACAAGCUUAUUAUAACCAUAUAAAUGGUCAUUUUACUGAGGAUUUCCCAGGGUCUCCACUUAAGUUUUACGAUUUUGUUAACGGAGCACCUAACACGGCUCCAAAUAACACGGGGUCCAUCAUAGGAACAAGGACUAAAGUUCUUGAAUACGGGAGCAGGGUACAACUCAUUUUGCAGGACACCGGGACGGUUACCACAGAAAACCACCCAAUUCAUCUGCAUGGAUACAGCUUCUAUGUGGUUGGGUAUGGUAGCGGGAACUACGACCCACAAACUGCAACUUUUAACUUGGUUGAUCCACCUUAUAUGAACACAAUCGGUGUACCAGUUGGUGGAUGGGCUGCAAUCAGAUUUGUUGCAGAUAAUCCAGGGGUUUGGUUUAUGCAUUGUCAUCUGGAGAUACAUUUGACUUGGGGAUUAGCAGUCACGUUGAUAGUGAAGAAUGGGCAAGGGCCAAUGGAGAUACUUCCACACCCGCCAGCAGAUAUGCCUCGUUGUUAAUUAGCUCUUUCAGAUUGUGAUCUUUUCUAAAGUAAGAGAUUCUUUCAAACAAGUGUGCAUUAAUUAUCUAAGUGUAAUUUUAUUUCUUAGGAAGAGUGAUAUAUCGUGUAAAGAGACUCUGUUUCAGUGAAUAAAAAGUGGAAGUUUC